CGUAGCAACACCUCGCUCAUGCAGGCGCUCCUAUCACCUUCCUUCAUUAAAACCGCGACACAAUACGACAAGCCUGAAUAACACUUUUCCUCUAUCUAACUCCGUGAAACGUGUGAAGCGUUUUACACAACUGACACGUCGAACGACCCCGCGCUGUUUUAUUUACAAACGAAAAUUGUCGAUUCCGGUGUUUAAAAGUAAACACGAUUGGUGAAAUUUAUAUUAUGUAGUUAUGUGAAUUAUCUCAGUGUGACUUGUUUGAAUGCUACGAGGAUUCUGAGAAUUAAAUAACAUGAAAACUAUUUAAUCUAAAGGUACAUACAUAGCUUUUCCCUGCUUAUUGACGUAUCCAUUGAUGCAAAUCGAAGACGUUCUUCGUCGUCGAUUACAUCGGAGGUUUUAAAGGAGCCGGGCGCUAAUUGAAGCAAUGUGGAAGACAUAGAACAUACUAGAAAAAUGAAUGAAGUGAUUCGUUCCGCACAGAGCACCAUGGCGUUGCUGUGGAUUUUGUCGGGGCUGGCUGUCAUUGAAGCUGUUAAAGUUGUUAUAGAGCCGCUGCCUAAAGAUCAUGUUCGGGAAUUUUCCUGUGGCGCCUUAUACUACAGGACCUUCUUUGUUGACUCGAAAAGGGAUGCACUCUAUGUUGGCGCUAUGGAUCGGUUAUAUCGGCUGAAUAUGAAUAACAUUAGUGCGUCGCAUUGCGAAAGAGAUUCAAUUAACUUAGAGCCUAGCAACGUGGCCCAAUGCGUAUCCAAAGGAAAGUCAGAGCAUUUCGACUGUCGAAACCACAUCCGCGUAAUUCAACCUAUGGGCGACGGAUCACGCCUGUAUGUAUGCGGUACCAAUGCUCACAGCCCUAAGGAUUGGGUCUUAUAUUCGAACUUGACGCACCUGCCUCGUUACGAGUACGUGCCGGGCAUAGGGAUGGGGGUUGCAAAAUGCCCGUAUGAUCCAGCGGACAACUCUACUGCUUUGUGGGUGGAGAAGGGCAACCCUGGCAACCUGCCCGCACUGUACUCGGGAACUAACGCCGAAUUCACCAAAGCCGAUACGGUGAUCUUCAGAACGGAUUUGCAUAACUUGACGACGGGACGACAAGAGUUUUCCUUCAAGAGAACUCUGAAAUACGACUCGAAGUGGCUCGACAAGCCUAACUUCGUUGGAUCGUUUGAUGUUGGUGAAUACGUUCUAUUUUUCUAUCGCGAAACGGCUGUAGAGUACAUUAAUUGCGGCAAAGCUGUGUAUUCGAGGGUGGCCAGAGUCUGUAAAAGGGACACAGGAGGCAAGAACAUUUUGAGCCAAAACUGGGCAACUUACUUGAAAGCCAGACUAAACUGCAGCAUACCCGGAGAAUUUCCAUUUUAUUUUAAUGAAAUACAGAGCAUUUACAAAAUUCCCGGCGACGAUAGCAAAUUCUAUGGUGUUUUCACAACAGCUUCGACUGGUCUCAUGGGAUCUGCGAUUUGCACCUUCACUAUCGGAGAUAUUCAGAAGGCUUUCGAAGGGAAAUUCAAAGAGCAGGCUUCCUCCAGCUCAGCUUGGCUUCCGGUCAUCACCAGCAAAGUACCGGAACCUAGACCGGGGACUUGUGUGAAUGACACGGCAUCUUUGCCAGACACAGUCCUUAAUUUUAUUCGGUCACAUCCCCUUAUGGACAGUGCCGUUUCCCAUGAACAUGAAAAACCGAUUUAUUACAAAAGGGACUUGUUCUUCACGAGACUUGUGGUAGACAGAGUGAAGGUCGACAUGAUGGGACACCAGUUGGACUACACCGUGUAUUAUGCUGGAACAAACGAAGGAAAAAUACACAAGAUUGUACAGUGGACUAGAAAUGGAGACAGUCAGUCGGCUCUGCUUGACAUAUUUGACGUUACUCCAGGAGAGCCGAUACAGGCAAUGGCUAUUUCGCGUAUCCACGGCUCGUUGUAUGCAGCAUCUGAUAGAAGAGUGCUACAACUCCGUUUGGCUUUGUGUGCGAGACGGUAUGAUGCUUGCGUAAGGUGUGCAAGAGAUCCGUACUGCGGAUGGGACAGAGAUGCUAGCGUCUGUCGCGAGUAUAUACCUGGACUGAUUCAAGAUGUAGCCAAUGAGACAGCCGAUAUCUGUGAUUCAUCAAUUUCUCGGAAGAGCGUGUCGGCUACGUGGGGCCAAAGCCUCCACUUAGGAAGCUUUGUGAAGAUGCCAGAAGUACUCCAACCUAGGGCUGUCACUUGGUUUCACUAUUCAAGGGAAAAGGGUCGUCACCCGAUUACAUUUAAUAAACCAGAAAAGUAUAUCGAGACCUCAGAGCAUGGACUACUGAUAAUCGCUGUGAAUGAAGCGGACGCUGGAAGAUAUGAUUGCUGGCUAGGAGGCUCUUUGUUAUGCUCAUAUAACAUCACUGUUGACACACAUAGGUGCUCGCCGCCGGAGAAAAGCAAUGAAUAUCAAAAGAUAUAUUCAAAUUGGUGUCACGAGUUCGAAAAGUACAAAACUGCUAUGAAGACGUGGGAAAGAAAGCAAGAGCAAUGCGCUCGGCAAAAUGAUUCGAAUCAGAACACGCAUCCGAACGAAAUAGUGUGAUAGCUCCUGAGCAUCGCCUAUCUCAUGUUUCAGUCUGUUAAUUAUUACAUAGGAGUAAUACCGAUACCGUACCUUACGGCCGGCCUCAGGUACUUCAAUAUAUUCUCGUGAGAAAAUCCGUCAUGCAACAGCAUCCGCUCCAGAUAAAUAAUUCCGUGACUAAUAUAUACAAGAUAGUGAUGUGCUAUAGCAAUAGAGAACCUAUAGCUUUUAUAAAGACUUUCAAAGUGUAGUGAUGAUUAACAAACAACAUAGUGAACAGUUCAGCAAACCCAUUAGGAACAUGAGAAGGUGGUGGGACUCUCAAGUUUGACGGACAUUUUAAUAUUUAAUGAAAAAUUGGAUCGAAAUAACAAGCGUUGUGAGUUGCUUUGUUUGUGAAUGUUAUGUAUAAAAGUGAUUAGAAAUUGUAUUUUCGAACUGUAAGUACGCUUUGUUUGUUGGAUAAGCAUAGAAAAUUUGUUAGUUGUAUUAAAACAACUUAGUUUUUAUAUACCAGAAGAAGCAGUCAUUUAUUUGGAUUUCGAUUUACAAAAAUCUAUUAAUUUCCAAUUAACUCCUAACUAAUAGUAUUAUUUAGCUAUGCAGUUUAUUCGUUCAGCAAGUAUAAUUUUAUAAAAAAAUGUUAAAGUAUCAAGACUUUUACAUGAUAGUACAUUAGCGAUUCAAGUAUAUUGAUACGUAUCGCGGCGCGUUAGUACAGCCGCGGUCGUAAUUUGAAAUCUCCGAGGGUUGUGGGAGGGCUCUCCUCAUUAUUUUUCCCCUAUUUGUGUAAAUAGUUACCUAAUUUCGUUCAACCGUAUUUCAUAAGUACGUAUAGAAUGCACGUCCCUACUUGUAACGUAUAAUUUAAGCCUGUGAUAUAAUAAGAAAUUCGUUUAGUAAAAAGUAAUUUAAGCAUUUACGCGGACGUAUGACUAAAUUAUCGCUCAUUAUACACCCGUAGAUUUAAUGAGGCUUUUAUUUUAAUAUAACCUAGACACGCUAUGACGUCAUACUUUGAUUGAAGCAAUAAAUGAAUGUAGGCAAUCCCCGUUUUAGGGCAACAAUUUUUAUAUAGCUGUUAAAUUAUUACAAAACCGUGUUUAUAACUUAAUGGUCUACGACUUUUCAGUAAGGAAUUUCGUGGACACGUGAAGCUGAUGAUGUCACCGUUCCGUUAAUCUUAUAAUGGUUUUUUUUAAUUUUUUUAUUUGAUGACUUUUUACAUAAU